AAUUCAAGUUAAUACCAAUUUUAUUUUUAAAGACACCAUACUUUCAAGUGGGUUAGAGGAAGAACUUAUUUAUUGUUUUAAGUUUAAGUUCCUUUUAAAACAACAAACCAGUGCUACUUCAUUAUGGCUGGAAGAGGUCGAGGUCGCGGGCGUGGUCGAGGGUCGUCGUUUGCUGCUGAUGCCCUUGGAUUAGGAAGAGGAGGAGAAUCAUUGCCACCUCCCACUGCUCAGCCGCCACCGCUUUUUCCUCCUCUUGAAUUCUCCCCAGCACCUCUGCCCACAAACGAAGGGGAUAAUUACAUGUACCUCCUUAAACAAGAGUUCAGAGGCUAUCUGAGGGAGUCGCCAUAUUACAUCAAACCUCUCAACAAGAAAAAGGAUAUUGAACGUUAUUCUGACAAGUACCAGGUAGGGUCUGGAGAUAAUGGGAUAGAAUGGCAGCCAGACUGGAAGAGAUUCCCAAAGGAGUUAAAGAUGGUAUCUCGGAAAGCAAGACCACCGAAAUCAAAAAGCUCAGUGAAACCAUCCUUGUCUACUGCCAGAGUUUCAAAGAUUGCUAAUGAAGAAGUCAUUAAGAAAUUAGAUGAGCUGGAAAAGAAAGAAGAUGGUACAAAAUCAGGAGAGGAGGAUGAAGAAGAGGAGGAAGGACAAGGAGAAGAGGAUGAAGAGGAAUAUUAUGAUGAAGAAGAACAAGAAGAGGGGACAGACUACAUUUCCAAUUACUUUGAUCCUGGCGAGGAUUACAUUGAUGAAGAUGAUGGACUGGAUGAUGGACCUACAUACUGAUGUGUUGCCAUGGUGAUGUCACAUCGAGUGGAAUCAAUAGAUGUCUGUUGCUCCUUGGAGAAGAUGGAUGAAAAAAAACAUCUUGGUGGUAGGGUAGAGUGCAAUACUUAACAUUGUGGUAGGAAAAGAAAAAUUGACUACUACUCUGUGGCACUUGGUUCACUCUGCAUAUCUUACCAACAAAGGAAUGCCGCCUAAUGACAACACGAGGGAUUCUGUGCAAAAACUUCUGGUGGAUUGUGUGAAAAUGUACUUAAUUUGGCACAGUCAUGGAGUGAUAAAAGAAUUCAAAGGUUUCGCUUUUGAAGGAUGGAGUCCCCCCAAUUCUAUGAUGCAGAAAAUAUUGCAGUACCAGUGUCAGAACUGAUGAGAGAUAAUAGAAGAGUAUUCAUCCAAGUAUUUGCAUUUGAUGCACUUCUUAGCUGAGGAAAACACAACGGUCGCAGGUGGUGAUUCUCGUAUGAUUAGCAGACUAUUAGGUGUGGCUUGCUAUACCAAAACUUGCACCAGCGUGAUGCCAAGGUCCUGGGCCAACUAAAAUAAAGUUAUUACAUCUCAGUGAUGAGAUUGUUUUGUUUGCUUUAAUCGUCACUAUCUUUUAUUUGUAAAAAAAAAAAAAAUUGAAAAGGGGGAUUUGUUGAUACUAUGACUUACUGUGACUCAUAAACUAUCAGAAGAAAAUCACCAUAAAGUAAGGGCAAGAUAGCUUGGGGAAGGGGAUAUGGCAAAGAAUAGUAAAAGAAAGAGAAAAAAAGGGGUAGGGGAACAUAUCAAGAUCAAAUGAGAAAUUGAUACUUUCUUUUUUGAACCCCUUCCACAUUUCAACAUCUGAAUUUUGAAAGGAAAUUGUCUACCAUUGCCACACAAUUAUGUGCACAUGGUUUUUAUUUUUUCGCUCCGUUUUUUAAGAAUCUUAUUUUUAUGCACUAACAAAUAUAGUUUGCACUAAAAAGUGAGUAGAUUCUACUGGUAUUUAAAUAUUUUCUCUUGGUCACUUUCAUCUAAUAAAUAAUAAAUAAAUAAAUAUAAUAUUAAAGGUCAAGUCCACCCCAACAAAAGGUUGAUCUGAAUAAAAAGAGAAAAAUCCAACAAACAGAACACUGAAAAUUUCAUCAAAAUCAGAUGUAAAAUAAGAGUUAUGACAUUUUAAAGUUUUGCUUAAUUUCACAAAACAGUUAUACGCACAUCCCGGUCAGUAUGCAAAUGAGGGAACUGAUGACAACACUCACUAUUUCUUUUGUAUUUUAUCAUAUUUUGAUUUUCUCCCCAUUGUCUUGUGAAACAAAGUUUUAUUUCUCCCUGAAAAUAUGGAAUUACCAUUUUUUAUCAUUUUACGGUUUAGUCAACUUUGUCCUUAAUGUCAAAUCUGUAAAAAAUGAAAUAUGGUAUAAUUCAAACAAUAAAAAACACAAGAUAGUGAGGAACAUCGAUUCUCUCGUUUGCAUGUGACUAAAUUGUGCAUAUAACUAUUUUGUGAAAAAUAAGCGAAACUUAAAGAUGUCACAACUUUCUUAUUUUACAUCCGAUUUUGAUGAAGUUUUCAGCAUUAUGCUUGUCUGAUUUUUCUCUAUUGAUUCAAAUCUACAUUUUUCUGAGGUGAACUUGACCUUUAAUAUUAUAUUUAUCGUUUAAUCGGCCAAAUGCUAAGGGUAUCAAAACAAUUUUGAUCUUAUUGUUUUGGUUUUAAGAAGUAUUUCUAACAAUGCUGCAUUAUAGUUUUACCAGAAUAUUUUUCUUUUUGAAUCUGUUAAGGAAAUAAGUUGUAAAAUAGUUAAGACCUUCAGCUAUUAAAAAAAAAAAAAUCUUAUUUUACUUUGAUUUCUAUUUCUGUUCUUGUUCGUUUACUUUACCAAAGUGGGUUCUUAGUAAUAAUUUUGUGGUUUUGGAUAUCUCAUACAACUUUGGUUCAAAUUUUCCGAAUUUUUGCUUCCAAAGAACAGAAUAUUUAUAUAUUUAAAAAAAUCAAAAUUACACCUAUACUUCCUAAUGCCUACUUUCAAUGAUAUUGCCAAUUCUAAUAGAUUUCUUUGGUCCCAAUAUUUCCAUAGUAACAGUUAUCUUUAUACUGUACAGCACAGUUUCCAGAUGCAGGAUUUCAAUUGUAACACAAAGCUAAUGCUUUUGAGAAUACAAACAAGAGAAAUAAUGUAUUGUAAGACAUUAUGGUUAGGUACAAUGAUGAUUUGUUGAGAUUUAAUUCAAUGCUUUGUUUGAAUAAAAAAGUGCACAAGAAAGCCACAAGUAAUCACAA